AGAAGGAAAGACAUCCACUCUGUUAAAUUUAAAAAAUAGAAUUUCUCUUUGCAAAUUUAGUGGUUUUUUCAUUUUUUUUUAGUGCAAAUAGUGUAAAAAUUUCAAUGUUCUCUAAAUUAUUAUAAUAAAUUUGUUUUGAAAAAUUAAAAAAAGAAAAAUGAAAAUUGCAAUUGUGGGUGCUGGUGUCAUUGGAAUGACAUCGGCGGUGGCAAUAAAAAAUGCAUUUCCCGAGGCGAAUGUUACAGUUUUUGCGGAUUCAUUUACACCAAAUACAACAGGCGACGGAAGUGCUGGACUUUGGGGACCUUAUGUUCUCGGCGAUACUUCUGAUGAAAAUAUUGUACGAUGGGCGGGAGAUACUCACAAGUGGAUGGAACAAUUUUGGAAAAGUCCCUUGGCACUUGAGGUUGGAAUUUCGUUAACGCCAAUAUUUCGAUUCACAAAUGACCCUAAAGGAUAUUCGAAACCAUGUUGGGUACCUCUCGUUUAUGGCUCUCAAGAAUUAAGUCAAGACGAAUUGAAGAGGAUCAACAAAGAAUAUAAAUCAAGCUACACAGGCGGAUGGCAAUUUUUGUCCUACACGUGCGAGCCAACAAAACUAUUACCAUGGUUGAUGAAAACAUUUAAAUCACAGUCUGGGAAAAUUGUGAGGAGAAAAAUUAACACACUCGACGAAUUGAAAAGGGAAAAAUAUAAUGUCAUCGUAAAUUGUAGUGGUUUAGGGGCUCGUGAACUUGCAAAGGACCCUCAAGUUACGCCUGUCAGAGGUCAAGUGUCCAGGGUAAAUGCUUCGUGGAUAUUUCACACAUUACUGGAAGAUAAUGAUGGUGGAAAUUAUAUCAUUACCAAUUUAGAAAGCGUGAUUUUAGGGGGUACCAAGCAAAAGAAUGAUUUUUCUCUUUCAAUACGGGAAGAGGAUUCAAAAUUUAUUCACGAUGGAUGUACUCGAAUGAUUCCUGCUCUAAAAACAAGUGAAAUUUUAACAGAAUGGGUUGGACUGAGACCAGGACGACCACAAAUUCGAUUGGAAGUUGAAUUUGAAAAUAAUAAAAAUUCGCAAGAUUUUGCGAUAAUACACAACUAUGGACAUGGAGGAAGUGGCGUUACAUUGUGCUGGGGAUGCGCGUUAAAUGUGGUAGAAAUUUUGAAAAAUUUAAAUUUUACAAAUUAUAAAUCAAAACUCUAAAUAUAUAUUUUUUCUGUGUUUGAAAAAAUUACAAAUAGAAAUUUGUAAAUUCUAUUAUUUCUAUUA